AAUCUGUCAAAGUACCAGUCAAGGGGUCCCUUGUUAAGAUCCAACCUAGGUAUUCCAACAGCUCUAUAAACUAGGCUCAAUAAAGACAAUUUAAUCCACAGCUAAGAGACAACAAUAUUUUUGUACUGACAACAUCUGCAUUUUUAUCACAAAGGAGAUCCAUCUCUCUCUGCUUCUUUUAUGAGACUCGCCUGGAAGGCCCAAAAAGAAAGGAGAAAAAAAAAAAAAACCUGCUUUGGAACAUAUUUAUGCUAAUGGAGACAUCACUAGAAGCAGAUAAUUUUGGAAAAUCUAUUAUAGUACCUAGUGUUCAAGAGCUUGCUAAAGCUUCCCUCAUCGAAAUCCCAACCCGGUAUGCAAGACUCAAUCAGGAUUCUCCGAUUAUUUCUGUUGAUGGGUUGUCGCAUUUAUGCGUUCCGGUCAUUGAUCUUGAAAGAUUGAAUGCUGGAGAUUCUGUAGAUUUGGAGUUGGAGAGGCUGCACUUAGCUUGUAGAGAAUGGGGUUUCUUUCAGCUUGUGAACCAUGGGGUGAGUACUACUUUGCUGGAGGUGUUCAAGUUGGAAACUGAGAAUUUCUUCAAACUUCCUUAUGAAGAGAAGAAAAAGCUGUGGCAGCAGCCAGAAAACCAUGAAGGGUUUGGGCAGCUCUUUGUAGUUUCAGAUGAGCAAAAACUAGAUUGGUCAGAUAUGUUUUACAUUACAACCCUUCCUUUCAAUCUCAGGAAAGAUGUCCUCUUUAAUAAACUCCCUCCAAACCUCAGAGAAACUUUGGAAACUUACUCUAAUGAAGUGAAAAAGCUAGCAAUUGGAAUUCUCGGUCAUAUGGCGAAAGCUUUAAAAAUGGAUGAGAAGGAAUUGAAAGAGCUAUUUAGUGAUGGUGUUCAGUCAAUGAGAAUGAACUACUAUCCUCCAUGUCCUGAACCAGAAAAGGCCAUCGGAUUCACACCUCAUUCUGAUGCUGAUGCUUUAACCAUUCUCUUUCAGCUUAAUGAAACUGAAGGAUUGCAAAUCAGAAAAGAGGGCAGAUGGGUUUCCAUUAAACCACUUCCAAAUGCUUUUGUUGUCAACAUUGGAGACAUCAUGGAGAUUGUGAGCAAUGGUGUUUACAGGAGCAUUGAGCAUAGGGCAAUAGUGAAUUCAACUAAAGAGAGGCUAUCCAUUGCGACAUUUUACAGCUCCAAGCUAGACUCUUUGUUAGGUCCUGCAGCCAGCCUCACUGGCCCUCAUAAUCCCCCAAUCUUUAAGCAAGUCCCUCUGGAGAAGUAUUUCAAGGAAUUUUUCUCUAGAAAACUGAAUGGCAAGUCAUAUCUUGACUUCAUGAGAAUAGAAGAUGCAGAAAACAUCUGAAUUACCAAACUUUUUCGUUUUUUCCCAUACUAUAAUAACUAGUUUACUUUUAUGACAAAAGAUGGUUUUGGGCCUUUUGGAAACUUAAUUAAGAAUUCAAAAUCCCACUUGAAUUGGGCUUGUUUCUUUAUUAAAAAUUCAACAAUAAAGACAUCAGAAUCCAAUAAAAAGGCUCACUUUGAUUGGAUAAGGGGAUUGCAUGAGAACAUCUUCUUACCUAAAGCCUUAAAUAGAGGCAUCAGAAUCCAACAACAAAUGGUUCAUUCUGAACGCUGAAAUGAUUGAAUAAUAUGGUAAAUUUUCUCCAGUUUCCAGAGCUCAAAUGGUCUGCCUGAGCCAGAAAAGUCAUCUAUUUUUUGUUUUCUUCGUAAAACCAUUAAACCCGUGAUCACAUUAAAUUUUCAACCACAACGAUUUGGCUUUGGCGGUAUGAGUUUGCUCUUGAACAUUCAGAAGUUUUUGAUCUUUAAUAUAAAGCUGUGAAAUGUGCUACUAAGAGUAAACUUCUAUAAAUAAAUUUAUAUGAUUAUUGUAUUGAAAUUAAAAAAUGAUUUCUUAAUCGCAUUUAAUAAACAAAUUCCUUAUAGUAUUUUUAAUUGAUGGCGUAUAAAAAUAAAGAAAGAAAAAAGGUAACCUAAAAGAAAGAGUUGGAAAAAGCCACUUUACGCAGCAGUUUCCUAAAUCUUAAAGAUGAAAAAGAGAAAAGAGAAAAG